CCAAUAUUCAUAAAACCAACCCUAAAACCCCUUUUCUCGCAUCAUAUUGGCUUCGCUCUUCAUAUAAAAGCACUCAUCGCAACGCCGCUUUCAUUUCUUCGAUCGUUCACCUCAGCCAAGAAGUUAGGGUUUCUGCAACUUUACAGCGAUGGGCAAGGGAACGGGGAGCUUUGGAAAGAGGAGGAACAAGACACACACACUGUGUGUUAGGUGCGGCCGCCGCAGCUUUCACCUCCAGAAGAGCCGCUGCUCCGCCUGUGCUUAUCCUGCUGCUCGCAAGAGGACAUACAACUGGAGUGUGAAGGCCAUUCGCCGAAAGACAACUGGCACUGGACGCAUGAGGUAUCUCCGCCACGUUCCCCGGAGAUUCAAGACCAAUUUCAGAGAAGGUACCGAAGCUGCCCCAAGGAAGAAGGCAGCUGCUGCAUCUGCUUAAGGUCCUAAUCUGGAGAGUGCCUUUUGAUUGUACUUUCCCUUGGUAUUUUUAUAGUACUAGAGAGCAAAUGAAUUUUGAAACCCGUUUGAAAGGCAAUUUUGCCAAUUGGAUACUUAGUUUUGUGCUAAUUAUGUUGAUGUACUUUGUUUUGCAUUUCAAUACAGAUAUCUGAAAGACUA